AUGCCCCCCUCGAAGCUCCGGAUCCUCUGCUUCGGCGACUCCCUCACCGAGGGCUACUCCGGCUGGGGCUCCUGCUUCACCCCCUAUAGCACCAAACUCAAAGAGAUGCUGCGUAUGGCGUUUCCCGAUGUCGACGUGGAGAUAGUAACAGACGGGGUGUCCGGUGAUCUGGUAACAGGUGAAGGGUCGUUUCUAACCAGGAUGGAAUCACAUUUCGCCCCAAGGAACCCAGCAGACUACAAACCCUUCAACUGGGCCAUCGUGCUCGGCGGAACCAACGAUCUCGGCAGUAACAUCCACCCCAACCAAAUCUUUGAAAGCCUCACACAGAUCUGGGACAUGGCUCUGAGCCGCAAAUGCAAGGUCCUCGCGCUCACCGUUCCCGAGAUCGGAUCGUCAGCUGGCGGAAUGAAGGAGUUAUUGGACUUUAGGAGGGACGAGUUGAACCAGAUGAUCAAGACCUACAAGAAGCCCAACUACUACACCUUCGACCUCCACGCCGCCUUCCCCUUCUACGCCCUGUCCGAAGCCGACCGGGAACGUUAUUGGGACGACGGCAUCCACUUCACACCCGCGGGCUACGAUCGGAUGGGAAACAAAAUUGGCGUCACUUUCGUCAAUAUGCUUGUGAGAGAACAAUCGGACAACGACCGGACGCCGAUGGGCAGGAAAAGGAGAAUGUUCAAAGAUGACGAGAAGGUGUUUGAGGAAGAAGAGGACCCGGCUGAGCCAAUAUCGGCUGGGCUUGAUAAAGGAUAUAUCGUUGUUCGUAGGAGAGAUUUGGAUUAACCUUAUUGCGCCAGUCAGUCCGCUGCCCGGUUCUUAGUGGCAGGCGGGCAAAGUGGCAUACCAAGGGAACGACAGCGUCGGAUAGCCAGGGGUACAGCGGCAUGGAUGUCUUUGGGUAUUUAUGGGUUUGGGACAAAGAGUAAGCGGCGUUUUGGCGGCAUGCGUUGCGUUACGAUUACGAUUAGCAUAACAGAGACGAUUUGCGGGAGAGGCAUGGUUGGAUAAACGGUCAUGGGUAGAUAUUUAGGACAUUAGCAUGACAAUACUAAUACGCGUUAUACCUGC